CACGGCCUCGUAGCUCUCAGUCGAACACAGCGUCUCGCCAGGCGAUGGUACACAGUUAGCAUUCGUCUAAUUGGUACUGAAAGGCAAUGGUGUGAGUUGUUAAAGAGUUCGACUUAAUAUCGCAUCUUAAGGAAAAUGAUAACGAUACCAUCUUUAGGAAAUCUAGCAUUAAUAAGUGGACCGCCUUCCUCCCAGACUAGUGAAAUGCCAACUAAAAGCGGUAACCGAAACGGAUCGGUUCUUGAGAUGUUUUUAGGUUCCCGAGAUCACAGCAACAGAGAAUCGAGAGAAGGUUCUAUGGGCCCGCCAUCUCGCCAAUCCAGUAAUGCUAGCAUUUCCAGUAUUACGUCAUUGCAAGAUGCCGGAAGCUCCGGAUCCCAGUUUUUCGAGGUUCUGUAUCUUGGCAAAAUCAAAUCAGUGUCUCACCGCAAAGCACCGCCAACAUUUAUUGAUGAUGUUCUGGAAAAAUUCCGUGCUCACAACGAGCUGGAAGAGCAAAAAGGCAGGCAGAUGAGCCUGCCUGCGCAAGCAAACAGUAAUUCAUUCCUUCAAACGGCUAGAUUUCCCAGACCGACUAGUUUGAAUGACAUUUGCGGGGAUAAUCGAGACGUCUACGAAACCCGUCAUAUGUUUACCAGUAAACUGGUCGACACUCAGGAGGAGGAAGAGUUCAACGAAGCUCAACCUGCAAAUGCAGCUAGCAAUAACACUUUGUCUAUACUCAAACAGACUGAAGAAGUCCUUAAAACGCUAUCAGAUCGGAUGGAGCCUCAGCAGAAAGUAGUAUCGAACCUUUCAAUACCUCAAAAUGGGAUAGCAGGCAUUCAACAUGAUUCAUCGGCAACUUUUCGUACUCGAACAGCUAGCGGGGGCGUUUCCAGUUUGCCACCCAGAAAAGAUUUAUCUCUGGAGCCAAUAACGCGCGGUCGUGCAAAUUCUACGGGCAGCGUAUCAGCAAAAGGACCUAAAAGGGUGCACUCGACUUCAAACUUGGAAGUUCCUCGAUCGGUCGCAAGCAACGAAAAUAAUCGCACAAUGCUGUUGCAAAUCAGCCGCUGUGACGUAAAGCUAAUCAGUCCAGAUCGUAAAUCCGUCAUGUUGAGUAAACCAUUCUGUGACAUUUCUCAUUGCUCACAGGGCAUUCAACAUCCAGACAAUUUUGGCUUCAUCUGCCGUGACGUCGCCAGUGAAAAUAAUGUGUGUUACGUUUUCAAAUGUCAAAAUAGUUCGGUUGCCGAUGAAAUCAUGACCGUUUUAAAACUUGCUUCCCACUCUGCGGCUGAAUCUCAAAAGCGAAUUCACGGUAACCUGUGUGAGCACUGCCCUGCCGUUUGGCUCCAGAGAUUAAUGGCUGAUGUCGAAGGACUGCCUGAUCAGAAGGCCCAUUGUUUACUGCUAAGACGCAUUGGAACUUUACCUGAAGAUGAUCAAGAGCAAUUGGUGGCCAAAUAUAAAGGCGCUGAUUUGACAAAAACUAGUGAACAAAACGAUCUUCUGCUGCUGCUUUUAAAAGCGCAUUGCGAGACGCGACAAAUGACUCACGUUCAUGACACAGCCGAGAAUAGACACGAGUUUUUAAGUCAGUACUUUGAUGGAAGCUCCGGCACUAUCUUUAAAAAGGCCAAACGCUCCUUGACAAAUUCCUUUGAUCAACUGUUGAAACGUAAAACUAAAGAGGAAAUGGAUCGCGUUUCACCGCAACCGUCUUUCUGCCAGUCUAGUCUUCCCCCUCGUGUUGGGAGUCAUGUUGAAGUAACUGAAAAGACCCCAUCAAAGUUAUCUUUUCGCUUCGAUGACGGAUUCAGUCAGUCUCCAUUAAAUGGUGACCCUAACGAACGAUCGGAAGGCUCUCGCCCGAGGUCCACAACGCUUUGCAGUUCUCACGGAGACACCAUUAAGAAGGAAUUGAAAGAAAUGCAGAUCAAACGUAGAGACAGCAGAGAGAAAUCGGAAAUGAAACCCGAAAAAAGCCCCACUUUGAAAUCGCCUAUCAUGGACAUUUUCUUCAAAGUCGGAAGUCCAUCCCCGGCUCAUGUGUCGCAUCCACCAGAAACACCGAGUCCUCGUAGGCCAUCAUCUGCGGCAUCUUGGCGUCAAGCCAUUUUUCAGCAAGUCAAGUCGCCAAAUCAGAGCAGCCCUAACGAGUUCUGUGUUGGGGGAGACGUGCGAAAGUAUGGAGCUGGUGCAGAUCAGAGCCGUACCCAACGAACUCGCGAAAGUUAUCGGAUACUUUGGAAAAAGGCCAUCAAACAACAAAUCAUUCUAAUACGCAUGGAAAAGGAAAACAAAAGAUUAAAAGCUCAUCAAGAAGAGAUGGCAAUCAAGCGGAUGAAGUUAAACUACGAUGAAAUUGUCCAAUGUGUGCGCCCCGCCUCACAGUUGUGGGAAAAGCUUCUUAAUUCAUCUUCCAGUGUGGCCCCGGAUUUUCCCACCCUUGCCCGUGCCGUCGAGAAGGGAGUGCCGAAACAUCGACGAGGCGAGGCUUGGCAGGCCCUGGUCAACACGCGAAAUCUGAUGGAAACUCAGCAGCCUUCGUGGUGUCGACACGCAGCUCACGACGAUUACAGUCUGUCCUCCCAUUCUGUUGAUUAUGAAAAUUUCCCUUUGCUUGAUGAGCCGUACGAGGACCUUCUCGGCCAGCUCACUUCUCAUCAGCACGCCAUCAUCAUCGAUCUGGGUCGCACAUUCCCCACGCAGAAAUAUUUUCAGGCCUCUUUAGGACCCGGCCAGUUGUCGUUGUACAAUUUGCUAAAAGCUUAUUCGUUGCUGGACAGUGAAGUGGGUUACUGCCAGGGCCUUAGUUUCAUCGGCGGCGUACUGCUCAUGCACCUGGAAGAGCAGGAAGCCUACUACAUGCUCCGUUACUUGAUGCUGGAACUGGGGCUCCGCCGCCAAUACUUGCCCGACAUGGCGGCUCUCCAGGUUCAAUUGUACCAAAUGGCCCGCUUGCUGAGGGACUCGCAUCGCGAUCUUUACGAGCAUCUCGAGGAGAAUGAAAUCAGUCCCACUCUCUACGCAGCCCCGUGGUUUUUAACUCUUUUCGCCUCGCAAUUUCCCCUGGGCUUUGUGGUUCGCGUUUUCGAUUUGGUUUUUAUGAACGGUAUGUCGAUGGUUUUCCGUGUCGCGCUAUCUUUGAUUGCCGACCACAAAGAUAUGCUUCUCCAAUGCCGCAACUUUGAGCAGUUGAUGGAUUAUUUCAAAACCACUUUACCGUCCAUGGGAGCCACUCAGCUUGAGCGUGUCAUCCGCGAGGCACUCGCACUGGACAUUUCACGGCAGCUGGCGGCUUAUGAAGUCGAGUAUCACGUUCUGCAGGAGGAGAUAGUCGCUGGAAUUGCAUCUCCCAAUAGCCCGCAACAUCAUGCCACCGAGGAUUUGAUGGAGAAGACACGAUUUCUGGAGGAGUCCAACCUGGCACUUCAAAAGCAAGUGCGUGAGUUGCAGGCCCAGCUGCAAUCAGCCAAGGUUACCACGCGCAUUUUGGAAAAUAAUCUGAGCGCUAGUCAAUCCAAGUACACUAGGCUCGAACGAGAGCUGGGUGAAUAUGAAACGGAUCGAACGUCGCUGAUCCAUUUGAUCGCCGAUUUGAUGAAGAGGUUGCCUGUUGGCCAGGAAAUCACCAUUCCUCCCGACGUUGCCCGUUGCCUGGAAGAUUACAGCACCGUGAACGAAGGAGGCAUUGCCAUCAUGAUCACGCCCUCUUCGAAUAAAAAUUCUUCGGCCGCCAUCACCAGUUGAGAAGAAUUUCAGCGAUCACACACUAUCUUGGCUCAUUUCACGACACCGCUCUCGUGCCUCUUAUAGUUAACCCAGUGAUAUUUUAUUUUUAAUUUUUUCUCAUUUGAUCAAGUUGACUGCGCAUUGCACAAGUUGUUUGGUGACGUACUCAUUUUGACAUUUUCAUUCGUUAACCACCGUUUUGAUUUCGUUUCUUGAGCUUGCCCGACAAGUUGAUUCGCAAAGGCAAACGAAUCUCAUGCAUCCAUCGAGUUGUGAUCCGUGAUCUAAUGAGGCUCUUUUUGUUCUAGUGGGGGGGAAUAAGAAGUUUGUGGAUUGAUGCUUUUUAAAAACUCCAAACUCUUUCCGUAAUUCGUUAUGCGAUUCUGUACUCUCUUUUAAAAAUAAUCAAACAGCAAUAUCCUUCUGUGGAUUUGUCAAUAUUUACUCUCAUUUUGCGCAAUAAACUCAUGUUACGUAAAAAAGCAAACGAA